CUCCAGCUUAUUCCUCCCCAUCCUUGGCUCCCCAUGUCCCCUCCGGAGCUUCUCCUGUCCGCUCCCCGCCCCCUCCCUGGAUUCCGGAGUCCCCUCCCCGCCCGCGUUUUAAACCUGGAGCGGAGCGCGCGGGUAGGUGCGCGCCCUGGCUGGAGCGGGAAAGACGCGGUCGCCGUCGCCGAGGCCGCUGGAGGAGCGCGGGCUCCGCGGGCACUAUGAGACCCGAGGCGGCGGCGGGAGCCCAGGAGGCGCGCGGGCGCGGCUGUCACUGCCCCGGGGACAGUCCCGGAAGGCCACCGCCGCCGCGAGGGCCGGAGAGCUCCACACCCUGGAGACCUUGGAGCCACACAUCUGGAGCUGCUGAGCUGGUGAGAGCUGGAAGACAGCUUGAGCCCGGGAGUGACCAACAAACUUUGGGGUCAAAGGGGGCCUUCGGGUUUCAGCAUCCUGUAAGACUUUAUUUGCCCAUCUCAAAGCGCCAAGAAUAUCUGCAGAGUUCCGGGGAGAAAGUGCUGGCCAGUUUCCCAGUGCAAGCCACCAUUCACUUUUACAACGAUGAAUCUGAUUCAGAUGAUGAUGGAGAGCGAGAGGAAGAGAUCCACCCCUCUGCCCUUCAGUGCCAGGAGACAGAGGGCUCUGCGGGGAGUGGUCCGGAGGGAAAUGCAAGGACCACUUGAUGCACCAGAAAGGGAGAUGCCAAGGGAGCAGAGGCCUCUGUGGGAAGGGUCUCCUCCCCUAUGGUGACCCUCCUCGCCCCAAUAAAUUGGGGCCCUCUCUCAAGUCAGCCCUGUUCUGGGACUCACCCCACAUGUCAUCUUGGGGAUAGCCCAGCCAGGACCCUUUUAAUCCUCCGUUGGGAUUACAGGGGGUGGGGGCUGCUUUGACUGCCUCUGGUCAGUGUCCCACUCAUGAGUAAAAGAACUCAGCAUUCACUUUUCUUUCUCCUGUUGUCUGUUCUUUAGUGCACUCAUGCAUACAUUUGAGAAAGGAUUAUAGGACAAAGAGAGGGUUUGUGUCAACAUGGGUUGUUAUCAGAUAGGGUCAACUCUCAAGCACAUUCAGCAUUGAUGCUCGGAUAAUCAAAUUAUAAAUUAUUUCUAUGUAGAUUAAUAACUAAGGAGCCCUGGUGGUUCAGUGGUUAAGUGCUUGGCCGCUCGCUGAAAGGUCAGUGGUUUGAACCCACCAGCCACUCCGCGGGAGAAAAGACCUGGAGGUCUGCUCCCGUGAAGAGUUCAGCCCAGGAAACCCUACGGGGCAGCUCUAUUCUGUCCUAUAAGGUUGUUAAGAGUCGGAAUUGACUCAACAGCACACGGCAACAGAUUAAUUACCAGGCCCUUGGGUGCCACAAAAGGCUUGUGCUUGACUACUAAGGGUUGGUGGUUCAAACCUACCCACUGGUGCUUCGGAAGAAAGGGCUGGUGGCCUGCUUCCAUAAAGAUUACAGCAAAGAAAACCCUGUGGGGAGCAGUUCUGCUCUGUAACACAUGGGGUCGCCAUGAGUUGGAAUUCACUCAGCAGCAACAGGUUUGGAUUUUCUGGUUUAGAUUAAUAACCCAACAGUGCCUCUCACUUAAUCUGAGACUCAUUAUUUAGCUAUUCCUUUCGUACAAAUGAUGUAGGUAUUAUCCAAGGGUUCACGUGGUCUCAGAGUGGCAUUCUGAGGAAAAAAAGUCAUGGUGGGAAAAAAAAAAAAUCCCUGAACAGUUUCCAUAAGAGUAACAUAAAUAAAAAGAUAAGGAUUUCUAGGGGACAGUAUAAGGGCUGUGUAUGUGAAUAUAGAGAGGAGAAAUUUAACCCUUCUUAGUUGGUGACUGCUUUGGGCUUUUUACACGAAUAGAAUAAACCUGUUUUCAAUUAAAGUGCUUAAUGUAAAAUUAUUUUCAGUUUUUAUACUUUCAUGACCAAAUAAGUGUAUUUCUCAAAGAUUUUUUACUUUACUCUCUUACACGUGGUUGCCUUUUUGUAUAUAGUUCAUUAUGUAGGUUUUUACUUGAAAUAAAUAUUUUGAAAGAAAAAAUGUUUGAUAAUCACCUUUGUUAAGACAUUUUUAGAUUUAAUCAAUUUCUGCUUUGAAGAUUUGCUUUAAAUGUGUGAAGAAUUUUUAUAUUUAACUUUUUCAUUUUUAAUUAUUUUUUGUUUUUUAUAAUGCAGAAAAGGUACAAAAAAGAAAACAAAAUGGCUUAUAAUUUCAAUGCCCAAAAACCCAGUAAUUAAAAAAUAACACUGUGUCUUAGUUAUCUAGUACUGCUAUAAUAGAAAUACCACAAGUGGGUGGCUUUAACGAACAGAAUUUAUUUUCGCACAGUUUAGGAGGCUAGAAGUCUGAAUUCAGGGUGUGGCUUUAGGGGAAAUCUCUUUCUCGCUUUUUCUGUCUGCUCUGGGGGAAAGUCCUUGUCUAUUUUCAGCUUCUAUUCCUAGGUUCCUUGGUGAUCAUGUGGCGUGUAUCUUCCCCCCUGUCAUGGACUGAAUUACGUCCCCCCAAAAAUAUGUGUAUCAACUUUGUUAGGCCAUGAUUCCCAAUAUUGAAUGGUUGUCCUCCAUUUUGUGAUUGUAAUUUCCUGUUGAGGAGAUUAGGGUGGGAUUGUAACACCACCCUUACUCAGGUCACCUCCCUGAUCCAAGGUAAAGGGAGUUUCCCUGGGGUGUGGCCUACAUCACCCUUUAUCUCUCAAGAGAUAAAAGGAAAGGGAAGCAAAUACAGAGUUGGGGACCUCAUACCACCAAGAGAGCAGCACCAGAAGCAGGGCGUGUCCUUUCAACCUGGGGUCCCUGCUCCUGAGGAGCUCCUUGACCAGGGGAAGACUGAUGACAAGGAAUCUUCCUCCAGAGCCGACAGAGAGAGAAAACCUUUCCCUGGAGCCGACACCCUGAAUUUGGACUUGUAAUCUACUAGACUGUGAGAGAAUAAAUUUCUCUUUGUUAAAGCCAUCCACUUGUGGUAUUUCUGUUAUGGCAGCACUAGAUAAUUAAGACACCCCGCAUUUGUGCUUGCUUGUUUAAUCUGCUCUUUUAUAUCUCAAAAAAAGAUUGGUUUAAGACACAGGAAACUUCUUAGAAACAAAGUUGUUGAGACUUUGUCGCAUUUACUUUGGACAUGGUAUCAGGAGGAACCAGCCCCUGGAGAGGGACAUCAAGCUUGGUAAAGUAGAGGGUCAGAGGAAUAGAGGAAGACCCUCAAUGGGAUGGAUUGACACAGUGGCUACAACAAUGGGCUCAAACAUAUCAUCGAUUAUGAGGAUGGUGCAGGACCGGGCAGCAUUUCAUUCUGUUGUACAUUGGGUCACUGUGAGUUGGAACCUAACAACAACUACACUAAUAUUUCCUCAUUAACAUACCAAAGUAAACCCAUUCCCAAAUGGGAUUAUAACUGCAGGUAUAGGGGUUAAGAUUUACAACACUUAUUUUUGGGGAUCACAAUUCAGCCUAUAGCAGAGUCACACACACAAAUAUUUUAACAAUCCAAACAGUACAGAAAGGUAAAUAUUGCGAUGUAAAAGUGUCUUCCCCUCUUCUUUCCUUCCUCUCUCCAGUGGUAACCAACAUCCAUUGUUAUUUAUUGCUCCACCUCUUCUAAAAAAAUUACAGUACAUGUUUUCAAACUUAAACCUGGGCUAAUUUCAGGAAGGAUUGAUGGUGACCUCCUGCUUUGCUGGGGUUUAGCAGAAAAAUACUAGAAAUCUUACCCUUACUCUCCUUCAGGUGACGCUUGCAGUUUUAUUUUUUGUUGUUAAAUUCUGUUUUCCUGAGAAAAAAAUCUGCCUCUUCGGAAAUAAGCACAGCAGAAUGACAUUCGCUCUGGGCAGUGGCUGUUGCCCAGCUACCAGUCACCAUCAAGAAAACUAAACAGAUUUACCUCAUCUGCAAUCUGGUGGCACCAGCCACAAUUCCACAGCUUAAGACAUGGUAGUUUUCCCCUAAAUUACAGGUAGUCCCCGAUUUAUGACAUAUUCAGGCUACUAUGAACCGCACUUAAUGACCUUCUGUUUUGUUUUUGUUUUUUGUACAUCUUAUUUUAUUGUUAGUAAUAUGUACUACAUACAAUGUUACUGCGUGUGAUUUGCUGAUGUCAUCAUAUAUGGAAGUUUAUAUGCAAUGUUUUCAAGCCCCAAAGACAAAUAAAGAUCAGAUUUAUAAAGACAUUGACAAUAAAAGGCAAUAAUAAUGAAAACUAAUAAAAAAUGAGGUAUUCGACUUACAUCAGAACUGACGAAGUCAUUGGAAUGGAGCCCUGUCUAAGUUGGGGACUAUCUGUACUUAGAUUUUGGACAGUUUAGUGUAAGUUCAGAAAAUGAGAUGUUUCGGCCUUGGCCAUGGAGGGAGUCAACGUGUACCGCAAAUCGGGAAUUUGUAAUCCAGAGGAGAUAAGGGCCCUUACUUCUUAUUGUGGUUCCAUGGAUUGACUAAAUUAUGACCCGAACCUACGGGCUCCACACUUUUGAUCAUUUAUCACCAUCAUUAAAAAAAAUUGAGGUUCCUCAAAAAGUUAAACAUAGCACUACCGUAUGAGCCAGCAAUCCCAAUCCUAGCUAUAAACUCAAAAGUAUUGAAUAGCAGAAACACAAACAGAAACGUGUAAACCAGUGUUCACUGCAGCACGAUUUACAACAACCAAAGAGUGGAAACAACCAAAAUGUCCAUCGAGAUGAAUGGAUAAACACAAUGUGGCACAUACAUACCGUGGAAUACUACUCAGCCAGAAAGAGAAAUGAGAUCCUGAUACAUGCUACGAUAUGGAUGAAUCUUGAAAAUAGUAUGCUAAGUGAAAUAACUCAGUCACGAAAAGACACGUAUUGUAUGAUCACACUUAGAUGAAAUAGGCAAAUGUAUAGAGACUGCAUAAUUUGUUUUAAUAUUUGUUUCUUCAAAUCUCUAGUCACAUUUUCAUUGAGCCUUCCAAAGGAUUUGCAAAUAAAAGAAUAUAUUUCCAAUUGUCGCCAUAUUGUUUCCUGUCUGCUAUUUAACCAGUUUUACUGUGGUGUGAAAAAAAAGUGUUUUCCCAGUUGCUUGUUUCUUUUUGAACUUGUCCAUUAAGCAAGAAAUCACAAAACAGGCUGUUAAAUAUUUGUCAUCCAGUUUAGUGAAAUGUCGUAAAAUACUGGAU